GGAGUAGACCCUAUCUUCAUUGAAAAUUUUCUUAUUUGAAGUCCUAUAUAUAACUUUGUCCCAAACAUCAUCAAUUUUAUCUCGUAUCAUACAACCACAAUCUAUCCACACACUUCUUAUCGUUUUCUUCACAAAUUUUAACAACUUAACUGAAUUCAUGGCAUCAACUUCUUCUUCUGCGAGUAACUCACAGUACUGUCCUCAAUGGAAGUAUGAUAUCUUUUUAAGUUUUAGAGGUGAAAAUACUCGUAACACAAUUACAGGUUACUUGUACGAACGUUUGACAAGGAGGGGAAUAAUCACCUUUCAAGAUAAUAAAAGAAUAGAGCAUGGCGAUUCGAUCCCAGAAGAACUCUUGAAAGCUAUCAAAGAUUCUCAAGUUGCCCUUGUAAUUUUUUCAGAGAAUUUUGCUACAUCCAGAUGGUGCUUGGAUGAACUAGUGAACAUCAUGGAGUGCACAAAGGACGAAAAUGGAAAAACAGUAAUACCAGUCUUCUAUGGUGUGGAUGCAACAGAUGUUCGAAACCAAAGUAAAAACUUUGCUAAAGCAUUUGUCAAACACGAAUUAAAGUAUAAUGAUGAUGGUGAGGGGAUGCAGAAGGUGCAAAGAUGGAGGACUGCCCUAACUGCUGCCGCAAAUCUAAAAGGAUAUGUAUUCCCUAACGGGGUUGAAUCAGACUGUAUUGAGCGUAUUGUGGAUGACAUUUCGUCCAAAUGCAAGACUUCAGGAUCUUAUUCGUACAAAGUUGUGGGAAUAGAUACUCAAUUAGAGAAAGUAGAAUCCCUAUUAAAGAUGGAAAUUGAUGAUGUUCGGAUAGUGUGGAUCUGGGGAAUGGGGGGACUUGGUAAAACAACAAUAGCAAAUGCUAUUUAUAAUAAACUCUCAUCCAGCAAAUUUAAAGAUGCCUGUUUCCUUGAGGAUAUUAAAGAAAACAAACAUAGAAUGUACUCUCUGCAAAAUAUCCUUCUCUCUAAACUGUUAGGGGAAAAAGAAAAUUGCGUGAAUAAUAAGGAGGGGAGGAGCAUGAUGGCUCGUAGACUUCGGUUUAAGAAGGUUUUAAUUGUGCUUGAUGACAUAGAUCAUAGAGACCAGUUGGAUUACCUAGCAGGGGAUCUUGGUUGGUUUGGCAAGGGAAGUAGGAUUAUUGCAACCACGAGGGACAAAUGCUUGAGAGGGGAAUAUGAUGUAGUAUAUGAAGUGGAAACAUUACUUGAUUGUGAUGCUCUUGAACUUUUCAAUCAAUAUGCUUUCAUGGAAAAAGUUCCAGAUGAGUGUUUUAAAGAUAUAACAUUGGAGAUAGUAAGUCAUGCUAAAGGCCAUCCUUUAGCCCUGAAAGUGUGUGGUUCUUCAUUACACGGGAAGGGUAUAAUUGUGUGGAGAAGUGCUUUAGACCUAAUGAAGAAAAACUCUAGUUCAGAAAUUAUUGAGAACCUCAAAAUAAGUUAUGACAGGUUGGAGCCUGACGAGCAAGAGAUAUUUCUGGAUAUAGCAUGUUUCUUCAGAGGAAAAGAAAAAAAAGAUGUCAUGCCAAUCCUUGAAAGUUGUGGUUUUCCAGCUGAAUAUGGAUUGAGUGUACUAAUCGACAAAUCUCUUGUGUUCAUCUCUGACCAUAAUAAAAUUCAAAUGCAUGACUUAAUACAAGAUAUGGGUAAAUAUAUAGUGAAAUUGCAAAAGGAUCAGGGCGAACGUAGCAGACUAUGGCUAGCCGAAGAUUUCGAAGAAGUGAUGGUCAACAAUACAGUAAGUAGGCUAAGCAAUGCAAUACUAUUCAAUUUCUAGUUUUCAUCUUCCAAAUUUGUCAUGACCCGAACCAGGGCCUGGCCGUGACGAGCAUUUCGAACCAUAGAGGCCCGAAACACCCCUAUCUGUCUGGUAAUCAUGCACCUAAUUCAUAUGAUCAAAGUAAUGCGGAAGAAACACAAUAAUUCGGAAACAUGGUCAUAAAUAUGAAAAGAAACAAUAACGGGGAGAUAAGGUUCCCUCAACAUCAAUUAACCUCUAAACAACUGUCUGUGAAAAUCUCAAACAAAUGACUAAGUCAAGUAACCGUAUAUAAACUGGGACAAGGCCCCCAGUAGACCCCCAAAACUGUAUAUAAGAUAAAAGGACAUAAGACCUUCCGAAAUAUAGAAGGCUCACCACUUGUCUCUGCAACUCUGU